CUGAAACACCCACCUGGAUAUGGCUAACAAAGUGGCAAGCCCGCCGGCAGAAGCCACUCAUGCUCAGUCUCAAAUUAACGAGGCAACUGAAUAUUCCGCAUUUUCGCGCGGGCAGAAGAACUACAUCAUUUUCCUAGCGGCGUUUGCAGGUUGGUUCUCAUCUGCCAGCAGCUUCAUCUAUUUUCCAGCCAUACCGGCAAUAGCUGAGGACCUUGACCAAAGCAUCGAGAGAAUCAACCUCACAGUCACAUCCUAUCUUAUCGUGUCCGGGAUAUUUCCCUCCAUCACGGGAAAUGCGGCGGACCGCUUCGGGAGGCGACCCGUAUUUCUCAUCAGUCUGACAGUCUAUCUACUAUCGAAUAUCGGCCUAGCUCUUCAGUCAAAUUUCGGCCUUUUGUUCUUCUUUCGAAUGGUGCAGAGUGCAGGCAUUUCAGGAACGUUUUCCAUUACGUACGGUGUCUUGAGCGACCUCUUCACACCUGCUGAGAGGGGCGGAUACGCCGGUCUCAUCUCCUUUUUUCUAAACACGCCGCCUAGUAUUGGUCCCCUUCUGAGUGGCUUGCUACUGUUGCGGUGGUCAUGGCGCUCCAUAUUCUGGUUCCUCUCAGCUGCUACGCCGUGCUGCCUCAUACCGAUAGCGCUUUUGUUUCCUGAGACCAAUCGGAGUGUCGUUGGAACCGGAAAUGUACGAGCUCAUGGUUUGCAUCGACCCCUGCUGCCUCUUCUUCUCCCCAUGGUGGGUGCCAAGUCUACAUGCCAGCCAAUCGACAAGCAGACGGAUCAGAGACCUUCAAUGAAUCCACUCACGUCCAUAAAGCUGCUUCGAUCUCCUGGCACUGCUUUGUUAGUGGCAUCGUACGGCGUGGGCUAUGCGACUUAUUCGUGUCUGCAGGCGUCUUUGUCCUCGUUGUUCCUCGAUAUCUACGAAGAACAAAUUUCAAGCUUGGCCAGCGGCCUUAUUUACAUACCUUUCGGUGUUGCAUGUGCUCUCUCUGCCUUCGCUACUGGGAAAUUGCUUGACAGGAACUUCCGAGAAACAGCCGCCGAGCAAGGUGUCACUGUCACUACGAACAGAGUUGACAACCUGUCGACUUUUCCAAUCGAAAAAGCAAGACUCCGAACAAUUAUACCGCUGGUCUGUGUUAGCGCCUUGCUCAUUAUCGCCUAUGGCUGGCAACUUCAGGCGGGCGUGACGAUGGCAGGCCCGCUUGUGACACAGUUUUUCAUUGGUCUAACGCUUCAGACAAUGUUUACGGCGUUGAGUACUUUACUCGUCGACGUAAACAGGGAAUGUCCAUCGACUGCACAAGCCGCCUGUAAUCUUGUUCGGUGCGAAAUGGCGGCCGGUUAUCUUGCAGCGCUUGAUCCACUAUUGCGAGCUACUGGGCCUGGUUGGACGCUCCUGCUGCUAGCAACUACUGUGCUUUCAUCCGUGGCCAUGCUCUGUGUCCUGCAACGGAAAGGCCUGCAAUGGAGACGAGAAAGGUUGAACGCAGAGGCUGCACAUGGAGCAGGCCAACUUUCGGUGCUUGUAGAUAAUCGGCAAAGGCGAGAAAGUUCUGGAGUCUGAAACAUACACUCAGUAUGCGGAUCAGGUACGACGAACAAUGAAUGUCUCGAAAGACUACAUAUCUACAUAAAUAUAGGCCAUAAAUACCUAAGUAGUAGCUCACAA